GGCGUGGUCUAUGUUUCGCAGUUUUUGGCGGUACUUUGUGAAGAGAGGCGAGUGAAAAUGGCCCAAUUUGAUGUCUCUCUCUUAUCCGGCGGUGCUAUUAAAGCUUCAAUGGAAGGACAGGCUCCUCCAAGCCCUCGAUUACAGAUUCUGGGUAUUAAAGGUUUUACAAAUGAUUCUCGUGGAGGCGGAGCCCAAAAGUAUCGAAUACAAGUAUCAGAUGGUAUUCAUUGUGGAGCAGGAAUGUUGGCUACUCAGUUAAAUGAGAAGAUCACUUCAAACGAGAUCAGCAAAUAUUGCAUUGUUCGUGUUGACAAGAUGCUGAUAAAUUCCAUUGGUGCCAAAAAAGUAAUGAUAUUCAUUAAACUCACUGUGCUGUACAGUGCUCAAGAUGUUGGUGGGAUGUUAGGAACUCCUCGUCAGCUUAACUCCGACAGUGCUGACUCUAAUUCCACUACUCCAACUGUCAAAGACGAGCCUUUAGCCCGCCCUCCUCUUGCUCAACGCUCACAAGUGGGUGUGGCACCAGCACCAGUUGCGCCUCAGCCGAUUCAGACUCCGCCUAGAUUUUAUGGUAACUCGGCUCAAAGGACAGGAGGAAUGGGAGGGGCCAGUAAUUUAAUGCAGUCACCUGGGGGUGGUACUAAGAAUGUUGUGCCUAUAACUGCAUUGAAUCCAUACCAGAAUAAGUGGACGAUAAAGGCGCGGGUCACUUCAAAACCUCCUCUAAGACAUUAUAAUAAUUCUCGUGGAGAAGGUCGUAUUUUGACGCUAGAGUUUGUUGACCAUUCUGGUGAGAUCAGGGCUACAGCAUUCAAUGAAGACGCUGAUCGUUUCUUUCCAAAUGUUGAAGUGAACAAGGUUUAUUACGUGUCGAGAGGUCGUAUCAAACCAGCCAAUAAAAUAUAUUAUGCUAACAAUGAUUAUGAAUUGACGCUUGGAGCUGAGACAACCAUUGAAGAGUGUUUUGAUGAUGUUAGUGACAUGCCUUCAACUGCCUCUUUUAAUUUCACGUCAAUUGGAGACUUGGAAUCCAAACCUAAGGACAGCAUUAUUGAUGUCAUUGGUGUGUGUGUUUCUGCUGCUGAGUUGGGUUCAGUGACUGUCCGUUCCAGUAAUAAAAAGGUAUCAAAGAGAGACAUUACUUUAGUUGAUAGAAGUGGACGAAGCAUCAUAUGCACAAUUUGGGGAACAUCAGUAAGAUGAUGAUGAUGAUGAUCAU